AUGAACUUAACCUCAACGGAAUUAACCAUGUAAUCCAAAAUAAAUCGUAAAAAAUGAUUUUCGGUGUUUAUAAGUGAAUUUUAAGUUAUAAAAUGAGUUUAAUAACAAAUUUAGUGAGUACUAUAAGUGCAAAACAUGUCUUAUCAACCAUUAGAAAUAACAUUCAAACUAGCUCAUUAAAAAGACUGAAUUUCUCUAACAGUUCAAAUAAUGAAGCUAGAAAAAGAAGUAUACGUUCAACUUUAUAUUACGUGACUGCAGCUGGUGUCGUAACAGUAGGACUAAGCUAUGCAGCAGUGCCACUUUAUAGACUAUUUUGCCAAGCCUACAGUUACGGUGGGACUGUAGCAACUGGACAUGACGCAGAAAAGGUAGGGACCAUGUCUGCUGUUAAAAGCAAACCCAUUAAGAUUAAAUUCAACGCCGAUACCGCGGCUAGCAUGAGAUGGAACUUUAAACCACAACAAACAGAAAUCACAGUGUUUCCAGGUGAAACUGCACUAGCUUUUUACACUGCAAAAAAUCCUACAGAUGUUCCUGUUGUGGGUAUAAGUACAUAUAAUGUUGUUCCAUUCGAAGCUGGGCAGUAUUUUAAUAAAAUACAGUGUUUUUGUUUUGAAGAGCAGAUGCUUAAUCCACAUGAACAUGUAGACAUGCCUGUAUUCUUUUAUAUUGACCCCGAAAUAACAGAAGAUCCCUACAUGGAAUAUGUAAACGAAAUAACAUUGUCAUACACAUUUUUUGAAGCCAAAGAAGGCUUGCAAUUACCCCUUCCGACAUUUGUAAAGUAAUUAAAUAGGUUGAAAAUAAAAAUAUAUUAUUGUUAACACUUUUAUUGCACAUUCUUUUUUACGAAAUUUAGAUAGACUAACAUUUCUAAGAGAUGAAGGUGUUAAUAUUUGAUUGUGGCUGUGAUUGGGAAUGACCUUCUUAAGCCCAAGCAUUUUUCCCUGUCGAUGAAGAGGGCGCCAACCUUGUGAUGUAAAUCAGUUUCUAGGUUGGUACGGGUCUUGAGUAGUUGUUGAUGUUGUGCCUCGGCUUCUUGCAGCUUCCUGUGCAAAAUUUCUACGCUAUCUUGAAGAUCCUUCACCUCAUACACCAAU